UCUCAUUCUCUGUCACACAUACUUUCUGCCUCACACACACACACACAGAGCGACACACGCAGGAGGCGGUUUUCUCCCUCUCCAUCAGAAACAACUGACGGCCACGCGGGAGAGCUGCAUCUUCUGUUUAGGUAGUUAUAGCUGGAGCGUAUACAGCUACUAGCCUCUACUGCCUGCUUACAUCUGUCAGCUGGCCACCCAAUACGUGGAUCCUUUUGUGUCCGACUUCCAUUGUGCCAUCUAUUGUGGGGGCUAAAGGAAGCCGCCGCCAGUGGACAAGAUGAAAGAACACAGGGGCUGUGACCUCAAAGGCUUACUGAAGAGGAACUGGUUGCUGAUUGCGACCAUUGUGUCGGUGUUGUUAGGGAUAGGCCUUGGUGUGUUGGUUAGGGAAUAUGCCUCCCUUUCCCACCUCGAUAAGCAGUAUUUUGGAUUCCCUGGAGAUAUCCUAAUGCGGAUGCUCAAGCUGGUCAUCCUGCCCCUCAUCAUCUCCAGCAUGAUAACAGGAGUGGCCGCCUUGGAUUCGGAUGUUUCCGGAAAGAUAGGUUUGAGGGCUCUGGUUUAUUACUUAACCACCACCAUCAUUGCAGUCAUUUUGGGUAUUGCAUUGGUGAUAACCAUCAAACCUGGUGUCUCUCAGAAGGCAGAAAACAUCGACAGGACAGAGAUCACACAAAACGUCAACACCGUCGACACACUACUGGAUCUUGUCAGAAACAUGUUUCCUGAAAACAUAGUGCAGGCUUGUUUCCAACAGUACAAGACAACGCGCAAAGAGUUGGAACCCUCUAAAGUGAAGGAGAACACUACAACCACAAUGUUCCCUCCUCUCUCUACCACGGUCAUGGCAACCAUUUUCCCCCCAGAGAACAUCACCAAGGACUAUAUAAUAGUUGGGUCAUAUUCUGAUGGGCUCAACGUGCUGGGCCUCAUCGUGUUCUGUGUGGCGUUUGGCCUCGUCAUCGGCAAGAUGGGUGAAAGGGGACGCAUCCUGCUGGAGUUCUUUGAUGCUUUAAAUGAGGCCACCAUGAUGCUAGUUCAGAUUAUCAUGUGCUAUAUGCCAGUGGGGAUACUCUUCCUCAUUGCUGCCAAGAUCAUCGAGGUAGAAGACUGGGAGAUCUUCAGGAAGUUGGGCAUGUACAUGGUGACAGUUUUGAGUGGCCUAGCUAUCCAUUCUACUGUUUUUUUGCCGCUGAUCUACUUUGUCAUUGUGAGGAAGAACCCGUAUACCUUUGCCUUUGGGAUGGCUCAGGCACUGGUCACUGCUCUCAUGAUCUCUUCCAGCUCUGCCACCCUGCCUGUCACCUUCCGCUGUGCCGAAGAGAACCUCCGGAUCGACAAGAGGAUCACCCGCUUCGUGUUGCCCGUGGGCGCCACCAUCAACAUGGACGGUACAGCUCUCUACGAGGCUGUCGCUGCCAUCUUCAUUGCCCAGCUCAACGACUAUGAUCUUGACGUGGGUCAGAUUGUCACUAUCAGUGUAACAGCAACAGUAGCCAGCAUCGGAGCCGCCGGUGUACCUAACGCUGGUUUUGUUACCAUGGUGAUUGUGCUGACUGCCGUUGGACUACCGGCAAAUGAUGUCACUUUAAUUAUUGCUGUGGAUUGGCUACUAGACCGCUUCCGCACCAUGAUCAACGUGCUGGGAGAUGCCUACGGAGCUGGCAUCGUUCAGAAGCUGUCCAGGCGGGAGCUGGAGAGGAUGGACGACACCUCGGACGUGACUAACCCCUUCGCCCUGGGGACCACGCUGGACAACGAGGAGUGUGAGAAGAAGUCCUACGUCAACGGCGGCUUCACCGUCGACAAAACCGACGCUAUCUCCUUCACCGAGACCUCCCAGUUUUAGGGGGGUGGGCAAAGGAGUGCCAAUGCUGCUAGAUGUUUAGCCUGGUUCUGUUUGUAGCCUGGUUCUAGAUCUGUGACCAACAUUAAUUAAUCCUGUUGAUGCAGGAUUACUGCUGGAGGAUUAUUUUCCUGCUGCAGCACACUGGCUCAAAUUAAGAUGCUACAUCUGUAGCAAUAUCAGCCACCACCAUCUGUUCUAUCUUGAUUCUCUUUCCAGCACUGUCCCCGAUGAUCAGUAUGUUUAACCACAAGUGGAAAUCCUCAGCAGCCCUUAAAAUGAGCUGGGCUGUAUCUGAAAUGACACCCUAUUGCUUAACUAGUGCACUACUUUAGACCAGGGCCUAUGUAGAGAAUGAGGUGUCCUUAGGGAUGAACCCAUGCUCUCUUUUACCAAAAGAGCUUCCAUUGUUAUGUUGACAUAGUGCCGACAAUGUACACAUUCACUUUUGAAUGAAUCAAUACUUUUGCUAUUGUUUUUACAUAGAGGGAGCAAAGGAGACUACAAGAGCCAGAGCUUUUGAAAUUCAUACCUACAGCGCGUGUGGGUAACUGAAAUAAUAUAUCGCCGGACUGAGCUGUGUAUAUGUAUUGUGAAAAAGAGCAUGGAAGAAGAACUAUAUUCUUGAUGUUCAAUACACUGUAUAUUGCAAAGAUUCAAACAGACUUUGUUGCUCUUCAGAAGCAAAUUAUUUUUGUGUGACUUUUCUUUUUGUCCAUUUUUGUUCGGGGGGGGGGUCAGAUACAAAAAAACAAUCAAAGAAAUCCAUACACGGACAACUCCAACCCAUUCCCCCCUUAGUCUCCACCCACCUGCCCGCAUUUUCCCUCCCCACUCAGAAACCAUGCCUCCCACCCCAUCUAGCCCUCCUCCCGAAUAAAGCAUGCCUCCCAUCCCAUCUAGCCCUCCUCCCGAAGAAAGCAUGCCUCCCAUCAGUCCCCCCCAUCCCCCAACAACAUCCAGAGACCCCCGUACCACCCCUUCCCGUGGGCCUGAAAGCAGAAAAAAAGUUACUAAAAUACAUAUAUAGAAUUGGUUUGUAUGUGUGGCGCUUUAGCUGAGAUUGUUCUUUACAUAGUCAAGUAUAUUUGUUGGUGAAAGUUAAUGUUCUUAAGCUUUACAAUAUGUGCCAAACAUCUUAUUCAUUAACUUUAUAUCAUUCAUCCAUGUAAUUUUAUUGCAUGAAGCAAUAUUACAAAUAAAUACAGUGGGAAACUUGUGAUGUACAUAGACCUGCUGAACAUCUUUUUCAAGUGACCAAUAGCCUUUAAGAAAGUAGAGUUGAUGGGCACACUAACGAGGUUUGAGUUAUGAAUUUAAUUGAAUACUGUGAAAUAUUUUCUUAAUGAAUUGCUAAAGAGGUGGAUGACUUUUUAAUAAGGAUGGUCUUGACAAUAAAGGCUUUCUGAUAACGAAUGCUAACUUUAAAA